AUGCUGACUAGCAUUGUAGAUGUUUUGGGAGAAAAAACCACAAGUCGUCAGUUGCAAUAUCAGCUCAUAUUUUGUCUUUGGUGCAUGAGCUUUGAUGCAAGUCAUGUUGCAGUGAUGUGCAAGAAUUCCAAUCUGCUGCCUACCGUUUCGGAUAUCAUGCGCGAAGCGGAACGAGAGAAGAUCACACGUAUCUCGCUGGCUCUGUUUCGCUCACUUCUGGAAAAGUUGCCUACCCCGACAGAGCAACGCAACUUGGGUCUGAGUCUCGUCCAAUGCAAAGUCUUGCGACAAUUAGAGUUGCUAAGCCAGAAAGAUUUCAGUCAUGAUCCGGAACUCACAGACGAUAUGGCAUUCCUCACGGAAAAGUUGUCGGCCAGCAUACAGGAUGUAAGCAGCCUUGAGGAGUACACUACGGAACUGAAAUCUGGUCGACUUGAAUGGUCCCCGGUACACAAAUCGGAAAAGUUUUGGUGCGAGAACGCGGUGAAGUUCACGGAUAAUAACUACGAAUUACUCAAAAUGCUUGUUCGUUUGGUGGAGCUGUGCACAGAUCCCCUGUGUCUUUCAGUGGCGGUGCACGAUAUAGGAGAAUUUGUUCGGCAUUAUCCUCGUGGAAAGCAAGUAAUUGAAAAUCUUGGUGGCAAACAAAGAGUAAUGGCAUUGUUACAACAUGGUGAUCCAAACGUGCGAUACAAUGCUCUGGUCUCGUUGCAAAAGAUAAUGGUGCACAAUUGGUAA